AAAAUUUGCAGAAAACAGGACCAAAAGUUGUCUAUCUGAAACCAGCGGUAGUCUAUGUCUCUGUGUUUCGAGGAUUAUUCAAAGAAGUGUAAGAAAUGGAAACAAAAACAGUAAUAGCAGCAACUACAUGUUAUGCUAACGUUAUUGGGUCUUAUAAACCUAAGCGUUUUGCUAUUUUUUCCAUCAAAAGAGACCCAAAAAAGAGAGCUUUGGCUCAAAAGAUGAUACGGCAAUGGAAGAGGGAUCAGGGUGUUUUUGGAAAGGAAACUUGUGCCGAUUGUGCAUCAUUAAUACAGACAUUGUGUAAGCAUAGAAGGCCUCAUCUAGCUGAGGAGCUUUUACUAGAGUUGAAAUGUGAAGGGUUUUUACCAGACAACCGUACCCUUUCAGCUAUGAUGCUUUGUUAUGCUGAUAGUGGGCUUUUACCUCAAGCUCAGGCGAUAUGGGAGGAAAUGUUGUAUAGUUCUUUUGUGCCUAGUGUUCAAGUAAUUUCGGAUUUAAUUGACAUUUAUGCAAAGAGUGGACUUUUUGAUGAAGUAAUCAAAAUUCUUGAUCAGUUGAGUUCUUUGAGAACUUUUGACUUUUUACCUCAGGUUUACUCACUGGCCAUCUCUUGCUUUGGAAAGGGUGGUCAACUUGAGUUGAUGGAGGAUACAUUGAAGAAGAUGGUCUCGAAAGGUUUUUGGGUAGACUCUGCCACUGGCAAUGCUUUUGUUGUUUAUUAUAGUCUUCACGGUUCUUUGGCAGAGAUGGAAGCUGCUUAUGAUCGCCUUAAAAGGUCUAGACUCCUCAUAGAGAGAGAAGGAAUCAGAGCAAUGUCAUUUGCGUAUAUAAAGGAAAGAAAAUUUUAUGGGCUAAGCGAGUUCUUAAGGGAUGUAGGUCUUGGUAGGAAAAAUCUGGGAAACCUUAUUUGGAACCUUCUUCUUCUAUCUUAUUCUGCUAAUUUUAAGAUGAAAACUUUGCAGAGGGAAUUUCUGAACAUGUUGGAAGCAGGAUUUCAUCCUGAUCUUACUACAUUUAAUAUACGAGCUUUGGCUUUUUCAAGAAUGUCUUUGUUGUGGGAUCUCCAUCUUGGCCUUGAACAUAUGAAACAUGAUAAGGUUGCUCCUGAUCUUGUGACUUAUGGUUGUAUUGUUGAUGCAUACUUGGAUAGAAGAUUGGUUAGAAACUUGGAAUUUGCUCUCAGCAAGAUGCAUGUGGAUAAUUCUCCAGUGUUAUCAACAGAUCCUUUUGUGUUUGAAGUUUUCGGGAAAGGGGAUUUCCAUUCAAGCUCAGAGGCAUUUAUGGAAUUUAAGAGGCAGAGGAAGUGGACUUACAGAGAGCUCAUUAAAAUAUAUCUCAGGAAACAACACAGAAGUAAACAUAUCUUUUGGAAUUACUGACAAUUGGCCAUAUGUGACUCUGUAGAAUCUCGGUUGGUUUGACUGAAAAUUGAAGUAUGCUCAUGUAGAAUUCUUUUAGGUUCCUAGAGUUUGUGGUCAUUAUGCAACCUGGAGCUAUUACUUUGUAUUUUGUUGGAAAAGAUGAUGAUUUUUGCUUCAGAUGUCUACUCUGCUUAAUAGCAAUUCCAUGUCUGAUGAUUAGACUAAUUGUUCAAAAUAUGUCCCCUGUCAUCUUAAAUUCUAGAAUAUUUUUCAAAUCUUGCUGAUCUAAGGAUGGUUACCCCUGCAGAGGCUGAAGAUGAAAUUGGACAUGGUUGAGAUAUAAAUUGUAAUAUCCAAUAUCCGCGAGCUAUGUAAGAAUGUAAAACAAGCUUCAGGUAACAUCAAAUGCCAAAUUUAUCUAUCUUUGCUACAGUGAAGUGUUUUUCAUUUUGCACUCUAUCUUCUCCCUUUAUAAGACGCUGUGCUUGUGUGGCUUCCUGGGCUAUCACAUCCAGAUUGUAGGUUGCUUUGAAUCAUGACAUCCUGACAACAGAUCAGAAAUAAAUGAACGGCAAAGCUUGCAGUGGUUGUACUUUUGGGAUCUAUGAUAUGCUAUGGAAUUAGUAAACAUUGCAUCUUUAGAAAAAUUGAAGUUUGCACAAGCAGAUUUUUUCCCUUUUCAGUUAAAAAAGAAGUCUUGGAAGCGUGUAAAACUCACUUGAACUGUGGAAAAUUGGCUGUGAUUAGGUGAACUUCCUGUGCCCUCCCCAAGCAUGAUGCUAGGCAUGUUUUCUUCAGCAAGUUCUCUCAAUCUUUUAAGCUCAGGUAGCAUGACUGAUCCAAGAUCUGGUCUGUCUUCUUGCCUCAGUUCUGCACAUCGAAGAGCUAACUUGGUGAAUUUCAUGGCUUCCUUGAUGGGCCAGUCUGGAACGUCUGGGUCAAGCAUCUCUGCAAAAGUUCCUGUCUCAAUGGCCCUCUCAACAUGAUGAGUUAAACCCAUAGGUGGCUUGGCUGUUAUUAUUGGUAGAAGCAGGAUGCCAAAUGAGUAACAGAAUGUUCCAGCUGUUGAUGUCAUGCGAUAUGGAGUAACUGUGUUGGCUAUGAUGGAGGGAUAAGCCUGGCCAAGCCAACAUCACCAAUCUUACUUACAUAGUUGCAUUCAAGCAAAAUGUUGCCUGGUUUUAGAUCACAGUGCACAAGUGGUUCUGGUUUGGUUUGAUGGAGGAAAAUAAGGCCAGUGCCAAUUUCUGCAGCAAUCCAGGAUCUUAGUUGCCAAGAAAGAGGUGGACUAUUUCCUCGGCGGAACAGGCUGUCUUCCAAGCUUCCGGUAGCCAUAUACUCAUAGGCUAAGCAACCAUACUUUGGGCAUGCUCCAAGGAGGAGAACCAUGUUUGGAUGCCUUAUGCAGGAUAAUACUUCAAUCUGCAUAGAAAUUGUCAGAAUACAUCUUAGAACAAAUGGUUCAAUAGAACAAAAAAGUUCAAAUAAUAACAAUAAAAAGAAAGAAAAGAGAAGACAAAAAAAGAAGAAGAAGGGGCAGUGCCAUUUCACUGGAUUUUGUUUAGUUUUCUUCCUAAAGCAAAAAAGAAAAAAACAGCUUGUGUUUGAGAAACUUAAAUCCAAUACAUGUGGCUCAACUUUUACGACCUGGAGGAAGGCAAUUGAUUAGCUCAAAAUCAUCAGACUUUUUUUUGCUUGACCAUUACUGGCUAAAUAAAUCUGAUUAGUUUUUAGUCAGCUCUUUGACAUUUCAAAAAUCACUAGGUUUGGUUUCUCCUUUUGUGGUUUCUAAAGAAAAGAGUGAGAAGUUACUAGUUCCCCAAUUCAAUUCCUCAUGUUGACUUUGUUUAUCGCUUCUGCUAGGAUGUUAGUUUCAUCAUUUUGAAUUCAGUUUCAUUAGUUUAAUUCCAGAAAGUUUUGAUGGAUAUAUGGAGGUUUUCGGUGUAUUUACUUAUUUAAUUUCAGUUGAUGGACAGAGUUCCAAGCCUCUUGCUGAAACUGUGACAUUCCUUGAGCUGCAUCUGGAUGUAAGACUUUAAUGGUGACUGGUGUAUGAUCCAGAUAACACCUGUAAUCAGGCCCGUAACCUCCUUCUCCAAUCUUGAGUGAGUUUGAAAACUCAUUUGUUGCUGCUUCAAUCUCCUCAAUUGUGUAUUUUUGAUACCGAAGAUCACUGUUUGAAAUGGAUUCUAGUGCUGUCUUCUUCUCCCCAGAUUCCUUUUGAGCUAUCAUUUCUGCAUUUAGCCUUUUCUGUAAUUCUAAUUCUGCGAUCCUUUGAGCUGCUUCAGCUGCCUCAAUGGCUGCUUUAAACUUAGCUUUCUCCUUUGCUACCAGUUGCAAUGCUGCGUCCUCUGCUAAUCAUGCUUCUUCUAACCUUAGUUCUUCUUCCAAUUUCCAAUGAUGAAGUUCCCUGGCCUGCAAUGAAAUUACAUCAGAAUUCAAUCAAAUUGCAUUUGAACUCAAGGUUUGAUUUUUUACUUUUAUGUGUUUAGGCAUGCCUUUAUUAGUGUGUCCAUUGGUGCUUUUGGAUACUUUGAGCUAUUUGUUUAUUUUGACUUUCAAGUUUGAGUAACAUACUAAUUUACAAGGAGCUUGUCUGAAGAAAAUGAAAAGAGAGCAUAAAUAAUAAAUAAUGGAAUGAUGGAAUGAUGCCAUGCCCCUCACAUAGUUUUAAAUGUACUGAUAAUUUCAUUCUGAAGGAUGGACCUUUUUUUACCGAAGAACUAACAAAAUUUAGACUCCGCUCAAAGAAAUUUGAAAUGUCCAGUGCCUUCUGUUUUCCUGUUAGUGCUUCCUUGCAUGCUGAGCUAUACAUGUCCAUUGUUUGCUUGAGCUCAUGUCUGAGCCUCCACAUCUCGGCUUCCAUAUCAUCCUAUAAAUUUUGAAUGAAGCAUGCAUUAGCUUUCUGUUUUCUAUCUACUCUAAUGUGAAUCAUUUUACGCUACAUGAGUGUGUCUUUUUUUCCCUAACGUUUAUUAUUGUCGCCCUGUCAACCUGCUUUUUCUAUGAUUACAUGUUAUGAAUGAUUAUGUUUCUAUGGUAAUCAUAUAACUAUUAUUGAACCAUUACAUUUUGGAAAAAGGUGUGGGGAAACCCCCCCCCC